UCAAGCUGGUAGAGCCACCGCCAGCGCGAGCCUCCGAUGUGCGCGUCUGGGCGUGCCUCCCCAGCACACCGCGGACCUGAUGGCGAGCGGUGGCGCUGAUGCCACCAUUGACAGCGGGUCCGACGUAGAGGCGGUACCCAGCUGGGACGUGGACAUCGCAGGGGAGCUGCAGGACGAGCCGAAGGUGUCGGAUGAUCCGGACCCGGACCUGCUCCCGCGCGACUUCGGCAAGUUCCCCCCGCUGUACCCGCCCACGGAGGCUGGCGUGUCCGAGGCGCGCAAGAUCUCCGCGGUCAAGAUACGGCAGGAGAAGGAGAAGGAGGCUACCGCGGCGCUCGUCGCCAAGGAGUGGAACAAGGCCAUCGACCUGUACAGCGAGGCCAUGCGGGUGGGCGGCACCACCGCCAUGAUCCUCGCGACCCGCGGCACCGUGCUGCUGAG